CGCUCAUGUGAACCACACGAUAACAGUAUAGGAACCACAACAGGAUGCUGCAGUACAGAUAGGAUAGCGUGCACACGUAACUACAAUGAUGGCUGAUGCGGCGAACCAAGCGGCGAACCAACCUAGCGUUGCGUCACCACGGCAACCAGAACAACGUGUGGGGCGUCGGGUGAUGCUUCUAUCAGUGACGCAUCUAGUACUGGGACUCAUCGCUGUUGUCUCUGGUGCCGCAGCCCUCGUCAUCUCUCGUGACUCCACGUCUGCCAUCUACGUGGCGGUAAACGCGGGCCUCGUGUGCGGCACUUUAUUUAUCGUUACCGGCGUGGUCGGCAUAGCAACAACGAGACUCCGAACGACGUGCGUCACCGUAGCGUUCAUGAUCAGCAGCAUCUUAUCGAUCUUAUUCGCCAUCAGUUUCGCGGCAACUUCAGGGAUAAACACGGGCCUGCUCAGCUUGACCAGCGGCCUGUCUGCGGAAUCCGAUGCAGGUGUGCGUUCCCUCAGAGGUCUGAGCAUCUUUAUGUUAAUCGUAGCCUUAGUCGAGACUAUCGUGGCCGUAUGGUCUUCCAUCGAGUGCUGCGGUAGGGUAUGCUGUGGACGUUCAGGGGCAUCUAAAGAAGCCGUAGUCGUAGUCUAUCAGUACCAGCCGCCAGCCAGUCAGGCUGUCCCGACGUUCCCCGCUACGCCCACCAUACCCACCGAGACGCCCGCACAGGUUGUCGGUAGCGAGCUGACGUAUGAGGAACCUUACUACGCUAGCAUCGGUCCCUCGCAAGGAUCUACCGACACAGCCGCCGACCAAUCUCCAGCCUUGCCGCCGCGAACCCAGCAGACGAUAGAUAGCAUGCAGGUGCUCUUCAUAGAGUUGAUUUCUCAGGGAAGGACGGGCGAGCUGCACACGGCAACAGUGCACAAUUUACGCGGCACACGCGAGCGCACUCUAGUGGCCGUGAGAUGUGCAGCUAAGAAGAAACUGACGAGUAGCGUUGAUUCGCACGAGCGUAGCGGCUUCGAUCAGGAGCUGCUCACGCUGCAGCGCGUGAUCCCGCACGACAACGUCGUCAGUUUACUCGCCUACGCCGAGGACCCUACCAGAGGCCCGCUGCUCAUCACCGACUACAUGAAACACGGGAGCCUGAAAUCGUACCUGAAGAAAUUGUCCGAAGUCGGGACGACGUAUCAGAAUUUGACGAUGCUAACGCAGCAACAGGCGGUAGCUUUCGCGUUGGAUAUAGCGAAGGGCUGCGAACAUUUGGCGCGUCUGGGAUACCUGCACAGAGACCUGUCGACGCGCAGCGUGCUGAUCAAUGCCGAGUUGACGUGUAAGCUCAGCAACUUCGGCCUGGCAUCAGAUGUCGUAGAGUAUCGUAAGGCGGUGAAGAGAACGGGUGUCAGAAUUCCCGUCCGCUGGAUGGCGCCCGAGUCGCUGCAGUCUAACACUUACACGGUAGAGAGCGACGUGUGGUCGUACGGCGUGCUAGUGUGGGAGCUCCUUACACUCGGCGCAACACCGUAUCCGGAGUGUCAGACAGCGGCGGAAGCCAUAGCGGCGAUAAGCAACGGUGAGCUGAUGGAGAGACCACCCGGAUGUGUGGACGACGUGUACGCCCUCAUGCGGGCAUGUUGGAAGCGCGAGCCUGAGGAGAGAUUUACCUUUCAACAGAUUCGGGCGGAGAGCGAGAAGUUGUUGGGAUCGUUUAGUGGCUAUGCGCUCAUCGAGAACAGCUUGGCGCGUGAGAGCGUUGCUAACUCGUACCUCAGUGCAGAACAUAUAGAAGAGCUAAUCUAGAUGAUCGCAUCGUGACUU